UGAUUUUUGGUCUGAUUAUGCAUAACUGGAACCUGUCUGUUUACCUACAGUUUGUUGUUGUUGUUUCUUUCUCUUUUUCAGCUCUAAUGAUGCAUAAAAAGCAACAGUAUGAAUUUCGGAUAGCAAUGCAAAAACGAUCAAGAAGAGUGAUGGGUAGAAAAAUGGAAGUUAUACGCACAGAAAAAGAAAUGCAAGAUAAACAUAUCUUAGCCUUAGAAAACUUGCUCAAAGAAAUGGGAGUUUCACAUGAUGCAAUACGCAAAUGUAAACCCUUGUAUAAAAAAUGUACAAAAGAACAAACAAACAAUGCUUUGAAAUCGAUUGCAGCUUUAACAACAGGAUUUAUGGGUGGUCUUGUCGGUGCGCCAUCACAUGUACAAGGUGUUAUAUCAAGAUAUAGUAAAAGUAAAUUUUCUAGUACACAAAAUUUUGCACAAUCAACAUUUUCACAGUCUGAAUCCCUCAGUGUUUUAUCUAAAUAUCAACGUGAAUCAGUGCCAAGAUUAGUACAUAUUCAAGUUCCUGGUAGUAAAUGUUUAAAAGAUCAUCAAAUAUGCAAUAAUUAUGGUACAAAUUAUCCCUUCAAUGAAAGUGAUCAGGUAACACAUGAAAUUAAAAAUUAUCGUUCAGCACAAUCAACCUGUGAAGACAGUGUAGCAUUUGAUGAAUUAUUAAAAAGGCCACGUGCAUUAAGUUUAAAUCCCCAAGAACAUUGGAGUUCACUUCAGGAUAAACAAUUUCGUUCUUUAUUAUUACAAAGUGAAUCGACAACAAAAUUAACAAAAAGUUCAAAUACUCUAAAAUAUCCUAAUGAUGAUGAUGCUAUGAUGUGUGAUAAAACAGAAAAGUCAUCACCGUCAAUAUUUUUAAGACAUACAUCAAAUGAGACAUUAAAUGAAACAUUAUCAGUUAAUUAUUUUACUAGAAGUACAAAAGGUCAUUAUUUUUUAAAAACAUUGCCAAAUUUAUUUAAAAAAGCCUUACAUAUAAAUAAGCAUAAAACAAAUAUUUUAACUGAAGAAGAAGGUGAAACCAUUGAACAAGAAAGUUAUGAAAAAAGUGGGCGAAAAGAAGAUGAGAAUGAGAAUGAACGUUAUUCAUUGCAUGAAUUAGAACAAUCCAAUAGAAUAAUAACCAGUUCAUAUCCACAUUCACAGACAACAUCAACUGUUCAAGAAGUUUUAGAAAUGGAUGAAACAAUCCCUAUGAUUCAUUUAAGUGAAUCGAAUGGAUUUACAAAUUCGACAACAGAUAUUAUUUAUAUGAAGGAUAAUAAACUCGGCAGGAAUACUAACGGGGAUUAUUGGAUUCAACCAGAUGUUAUUAAGGGAAUGAAUUCGAAUUUGUCCUCUGAGCAUACACCAAAUAAUCAUAAUGUUAAUAAUAAUAACAGUGUGAAUAAACAGUCCACAAAAUCUCUUAAUACAAAAAGUAAUGAAUUAUGCACGAAUAGAAAAGAAUCUGAUGAACAGAUAUGGAUACUUCAACCUGGUUAUAUUUGGUGUCAGUCUGAAAACCAGGCAAAGUUAACUGUGAAGAAAGAGAAACAUCUUGCAUCAAAGCCUCCUCCAAAAGUGAAAUCUCCAAUGACGAAAAUUAAACAGGUACUUUUCCGUAGUAAAUCGCUAAAGAACAGUACAAAGACAGGGUCAUCGAAAAAUACGCAUAUUCAAACUUCUAAUUAAGUCUGCCUUUUUACACCACCCCCCCCCUCACCCAGCCCCAACAGACCCAACUCGAUUUCAAUGACAGAUGAAUUCAACUCAACAGGAAUCCACUUCAUCACUUCAUAUUACUCUUUCAUGUUUUGUUUGUUUUUGUAUGUUUUUGGUUUCUUUUUCGGGGUUGGGGGGAUUUUAUUUUUGAGUUUUCUUGUUUCCUUUUGUUAUGAGAAGAAAAAAAUACCUAAUACAACAACUAUUUUUUAGUUUUCACAUACAGUCUAUACAGUAUAAUUAUUAGUAUUGUGUGCAGACAGACAGAGAGUUGUAGAUGAACGGAAAUGAAAAUACCAACGAAAAAAAUCAGACGUUUUUAAACAUUUUACAGUUUCACAGGAAGAAAAAUGUAUAUUUCUGCCAACAAAUACGACUACAGCUAAUAUCAAUAAUAAUAAUAAUAAUAGUAACAAUAGUAGUAACAAUACUAGCAAUAAUACAAUUACAAAUACUAUUUUUGCAAUAACUUUACAUACACUUCAAGUAUUAUGUGAAAUGUAAUGCAGUCUUAGUGUAAAUUGUGGUCUCAUGCGACAUAGCCAUAUUGGCUAAGCAAACCGAACUUCAUUCAGUUUUAUUGAAGAUGAGUCAGUAUUUUGAGCAUGUAAUAACUAUGGCGUAAGGAUGUACACAGAUAGUUUUGUGCAUAGUCCAUUUGAAAGUUGAUCACAUUAAGCAAACAACCCCCCCCAACGUCUGUCUGAUUGGCUGUGAAUACCAUAGUUUCUUUUCUCAUUGUACUUAGGUCGCCUUAUGUAAACAAUUAUCCGAAAAGAAAAGACAAAAACAAUUACAUAUUUUAGACUAAUCUAAUACAAAGAAUACUGCUAUUAUUAUUACUACUACUACUAUUUUGAAAUUGUGUAGCUUAAAUAUUUAGAUGUGUAAGCACAUUGAAUCAUGCGGUACAAUUUAUUCAAUUUUCAAUGGUAACUAUUCAGAGAACUAUAGAUUACAUUUUUUUAACUAAACAACUCCAUCACAUUUUUUUCUCUUGUAAAAAAUACAAAACAAAAUACAUUUAUAUUGUAAAGAGUCCAACAUUCUUCUUAUUCACUGAUCAGUUUGUAAAAUUCAUUUUAUUACCCUGAAUAAAUAUGAUUUCUUAACUGUUUUAUUCGUUUUUCCUGUAAGACU